AUGCCUCACCUAGGCCUGCCACAGACAGGCUUCCAGGCCCUGAUCCUCUGCGGACCAGGAGCCUCGCUGAAUACAUUCACGUCUAUCCCGGAGGAGUUCCCAAAGGCGUUGGUACCUGUUGCAAAUCGGCCGAUGGUAUGGUACCCCAUGGACUGGUGUUAUCGCCUAGGAAUUACCAAUGUCACGCUCAUCACCUCGCCUACCAGCCAGUCAGUCAUGAAGACUGCUCUAUCACAAAACCCUCAUCUCACAUCUAUCCAGUUCCCCACACCUACACUGCUGGCUCCCGCGGACCUUUCUCCUACGACUGGAACUGCGGAGCUCCUUCAACUGCCCGAGGUCCAGGCAUGCAUAAAAACAGACUUUAUAGUUCUCCCCUGCGAUUUGAUAUGUGAUAUGCCCGGGCAGUCCCUCCUAGAGGCAUGGAUGAUGACCCAGGGCUCACUCGACGGGACAGCCGGUGGCGCAUCCUUAUUGCCUGGAUCAUCUAGUCUUCUCGGAUUUGCAGGAGAAAAGGCUGGACGAAGAGGUGGUCUUGGUGUCUGGUACCCCUUGCCCACAGGCGAGGAGAAAAUCAAGGAUGAAGUGCCUGACUUCUUGGUCACUGCCCCCUUGAGUGGGGAUGAAGCACCUGCUGUCAAAGGGUCUCCUGCGACUCCUGCUUCGGUACGCGCAGGCCUGCAUAGAAUUGCAUACACCAUGCCAAUGGACACGUUAAAGGACUCGAUAGAGGAGAAAAAGGCACUCUUUAUUCGGUACUCACUGCUCAAGCAGCAUGGACGAAUCAAGAUCCUCAAUGGUUACCGUGACGCCCACAUCUACUUCUUUCCAUACUGGGUCAAGGAGAUGGCUCAACGUAAUGAAAAGUUCCAGAGCAUCAGCGAGGACCUCCUUGGCUGGUGGGCGAAGGCAGGCUGGCAAAAGGGGUUGGCUGCCAAACUCGGCAUCCAGGACCUUUUUCAGUCACCGGAAAAGAGCGAAGAAGUGAAAGCAGGUGAUCCUGCAAAUAGCCACAUUGAGGAGGAAAUCGACCUUUUGGGCAUGAGCACAACCAAAUUCACGCGUGAAUUCGAUACCCAGACGCGCGCCAUCCCUACAAGCCUUGCCAGCAGCUUCCAUGCGGCUGACGACCAGGCUGAGGGCUCUUCCGCAGCCGCCGCAGAUAAAAUAAACACCCCUCCACUCCUCGGCUACGUGGCACCAUCCAAGCCAUCAAUGCCGCUCAUCCGACGAGUAGACAACUCCGCCUUACUUCUAUCAAUAUCACUCCGUCUAGCCAAGCUCGACGCCAUCAGCGAUACACAUCCUCCCAACACAACUACACUUUCCCCUCUAGCCCACACCAACAAGAUCGCCUACCCACCCGGCCUCGCACAGCGCUGCACGGUGUCAAAAGCAGACUGCCUACUUGCAGAAAACGUCACGGUGGAAGAGAAAUGCAUUAUCAAAGAAUCUGUCAUUGGCGCAAACUGCCACAUCGCGACUGGUGCGAGGCUGACUAGGUGUCUACUCAUGGACGGGGCGGUGAUAGGCGAACGAUGUCAGCUUGUAGGCUGCAUCAUCGGGAGAAGAAGUAAGCUUGGCCGAGACUGUGUGCUGAAGGACUGUGAGGUGCAGAAUGGAAACAUCGUCCCUGAUGAGACGGAUGCGAAGAAUGAGAAGUUUAUGGUUUUCGAGGGGCUGGAAGAUGACAUGUCUGUUACUGGCGAGGGGGGCAUGGAGACGGGGUUUGAUGGAGGGGAUGUUGAUAUGCAGGGGUAG